AUGAUCGUCAGUAUUCUGAUUCACGGGCUUAGGAAAGGACCCUUCACAUCAGCGCUCGCCCGCGACCCUCCAAGCGAUGUGGAGCAAUUGAUGGCCCUAGCUCAGAAGUACAUAGAUGAGGAGGAGAUGAACGCCGUGAAAGAUUCUGAGGGGAGAGAACGCGAACAAGUGACAGUGCGACCGUACGAAAGUAGAGGAGGAGGGAAUAAACAAAAACCGGAGAAGCCUAGAGAGCCUAAGUACCAACGCAAGUACCACAACUACACUCCGUUGGCCAUGUCUCGUGAGAAGGCGCUGACGAUGGUUGAAAAUGCAGAUGUUCUGAAAUGGCCAAGGCACACCAGGUACACCCCCUCUAAAAAGUUUUCUAACAAAUAUUGCAGAUUUCAUCGUGAGAUGGGGCACAACACGGAGGAGUGCUUCCAGCUUAAGGAUGAGAUUGAGAGGUUGGUUAGGCAAAGGUACUUUCAAGAUCGAGUUCCCCAAAAUUGCAAGAUCAGUAAGGAAACAAGGAGAAGCAGGUCGAGAAGUCGGGAUCGAAAUCCAGGCCCGUCGAGAAUGGAAAAAGGCCCGCCUAGCGGAAACAAUGCUCCAACUAAAGGAGUAAUCUACACAAUUGCAGGGGGCUUGAGCUCGGGUGAUUCGAGCAGGACUAGAAAGAGAUGCGCUAGAACCAUGAGCUCGGGCAGAGAAAGGGAGUUCGUUCUUAAAGUUGAGGAGGAAGAAGCUAUUUCCUUUGACAGUUCAGACAGACCGAAAGAGAGUGGAGACAUGAACGACCCGAUGGUCGUCAAGCUGGACAUCGCGAAUUUUACUGUUCAUAAAGUGUUGAUUGAUAGUGGGAGCUCAGCUGACAUUAUAUUUAAGAAUGUGGUUGAUAAAAUGGGGUUAGAGAAUGCCCGCCUUGAACCAGUAAGGACCCCCUUGGUAGGAUUUGGAGGUAGAGAGGUAGCAUCGCUAGGCACGAUCGAAUUGCCAGUAUCAAUGGGUGAAGCGCCUAAGCGAAAGACGUUGAUAGUGAAGCUUUUAGUGGUCGAUACCCCGUUCGCGUACAAAUGUGAUUCUAGGCAGACCAGGCUUAAAUCUGUUCAGGGUCAUUAUCUCUACCUACCACAUGAAAAUGAAAUUCCCAACAGACAAUGGGGAUCGGGGAACUAG